AUGUCCGAAACCGAAGAAUACCGCAAGUUCAAGGACCCAAACAAAUUGAAGCGCUCGUUCUCGACCUUUCUUCUCUAUGCCAUGGAGAACUUGCAACCCUUGCAGAAGGAAACCGAAUUUUCAGAAGCCAAGUUUGGUGUGAUUGCCAAGGAAUUGUCUCAACGAUUCCGCAAUCUCAGUGAUGAGACUCUCAAGGGCAUCUCCCACCGCGUCUUGGAGCAUCCUUUGGAGUUCUCGUCCAUCAUUGAAGACUUUGAAUUCACUGAAGAACCCAAGCGCAAAAAGAUGAAGAAGGAUCCCAACGCACCCAAGCGCAACAUGACUCCGUACUUUCUGUUUAGCAUUUCGGCCCGUCCCGAGAUGCAAAAGGAGAAUCCUAGCGCCAACUUUGGACAGAUUGCUCGCUUGCUGAGUGGAAAAUUCAACAGCUUGCCAGCAGAAGAAAAAGAAGUCUGGAAGGCCAAGGCAGAUGAAGACAAGGUUCGUUAUGAAAAGGAGAUGGCAGUCUACCGCCAGACCAAUCCUGCCUAA